AUGUUACUAGAAACACGAAAGGCUAUUAACAUUACUUCUAGAAGCAACCACUCACAAAACUACAAGAAGAAGAAUACAUGUUCACCCAAACCCAAACCAUCAAAUCAUCGACCCAAGCGUGCUAAGCUACACCUAAACCCACAUUACAACUUUUCUACCCGAAAGCUAGUUGAUACAGUUGAAGAUAAGGUGACACUGGAGGCUAAUUUGAAAAGUUGUGGUUCAUAUGACAUGCCAAGUGGGACCGGGUGGACUGUUGUAGGUCACCCCAUGGGGGGAAUGGGUGGGUUGAAGGAUCCGGGUCCGGUGGUUACAGGCACGUCAGGUAAGAGUAUGGUGUUCACAAGGGGAUCCGGAUCAAGAUCUAGAGCGAGUGGCCAGGAUAGGGCCUGGUUGACUGAGGAUGAGAUUAGGGCGUUGAUUUCUACUAAGGUUGUGAAUGUCAUCUGGGAACAGAUACUAGAGCUAUUCAGGUAUAUAAAGACCACCAAGAUUCAGUACUUUGAUGACCAAUACACUGCACUAUCUAAGGCUAUUGUUGUUGUAGCUAACAUGAUUUUGACAACACCGGGACUUCUCUAA